GAGGAUGGCUUAUUUGUGUAUUUGUUGUAGUUCCAACGAAGAAACAGGAUAUACAAAGAGGAACAACGUAAACUAAGAGCAGCUUCAAGGAAAGGCGAAGAUACCGGGGAUGGGACUCCUACUCAUCACUAAUCUGAGUAUUCUCCUCCUAUCUCCAAAGUUUGCAGCCGAGAAGAAGAAGAAUAAACAAAAAAGGGUUCUUGAAGAUUUCUGUAUGUUGAUGUGUCAAACUUUGUUUGAUCGUUUUCAGUUUGAAUUUUGCAAUGGAUUUACUAUCUUUUCUUGUCUUUUUUCCGCUGAGUGAGUUGUAAUAUGCCUUUGGCUGUUCAUCAAGCACAGACUCCUUCUUUCAUGGUAAUAAUAAUUACUCUUACAGGUAUACUAAAAAAUCAUAAUGUCAAAUAGACAUUAAAAACAGAACAGUAGAUGGAAUCAUGAAUUGGUCCUCUAUAGAUACAGUAGUUGUCAUUGACUUUCUCUUAAGUCUUCUCUGCAAUUUCUAUAUGUGUAAAGAGAAACACAAGCUUUUGUAUUUUUAUCUUCAGUAAUAAUAAUUUCGAAAUGGAGACGAAAUCUCUAGAACUAAAGGUGAUGUCAGCACAAGGGCUUAAGAAAGUCUCGAAGAUGGAUGUUUUCGUGGCCGUGAAGUUAUCUGGCGAUCCCAAAUGCUCCGACCACCUUGAGCAGCGGACACAAGUGGCAAGAAACAGUGGAACAAGCCCCAAAUGGAGCAAUGAUUUCAUGAAAUUCCCCAUUGACCAAACCUUAGCUGAGGCUAACCGCCUUGUGAUCACUUUCAAGAUCAAGCGCGAGCAACGUGGAAGCGGAGAGAAAGACAUCGGCGAGGUUCACGUUCCCGUGAAAGAGCUUUUGGAUCAUCUUGGAAACGAUAAGACAGGUCAAAGAUACGUCACAUAUCAAAUCGGAAAAUCCAAAGGCGAUAUUAGUUUCACUUAUUUAUUCACCGAUCAGGUGGCGAUUACUAGCGGUGGUGGCUUCUCACGAUACCUAGCUCCCGAGCCGGUGCGUCCUGCAGCGACACACCAGCCUGUUUUGAACAGACCCGUAUUGAGUCAGUUGCUUCCAAGCGUGGGAUCGUUUAGCUACGAUCACGUUCCUUGUCAGUCUCAGUCUCAGCCACCGUUUUAUCCACCACAGGCUCAGCCGGAGAUUCUUCCGCCGUCUUUCUUCCCCGGAUUGUAUCAGCCUCAUGGAUAUCAGAUGAGUUACAUACCGGAAAGUCCACCGACAAUGUAUACAUCUAUAUUUCCUGGCUUAUCAUGUCCGCCGCAGACACAACCGGGACUAUAUCCACCGACGAGCCCUUACAGAUUUUAGCUUAACGGUCAACGUCUGUCUCUGAGCUAAGUCGUCGGUGAGGAGAUUUGUAGACUUUUUAACUAAUGAUCACGUCCCCCUGCUUGUGUUUUUUUUUCAAACAAUAUAAUGCUGUCUUUUUUAUUUGUCUUUUAACAGAAUCAUAAAAAUUGUUGCGUUAUUGUAAUUUUUGAAAAUGUUGAAAAUAUUGGCAUACGAUUGGGAGAGUUAUGUAACAAGAAGUAAUUAUCCUGAUAACA